AUGGGGUCCUCGGGGCCGGGCGGACGGGCUGAGUGUCGUCGUCCCGUGCUCUGUGGCAGUCAGGGUGCGGUGACCCGGCCCGCGGUGGGGGGCUGUUGGCCAUGCUCAGGGGUGGGCGUGCUCACCCUGCACCUCUGUAGCCUGCCCACAGGAUCACUACUCCCGGAGCAGCCCACUUUGCUCGAGGAGGGCGGUGACAGCGAACUCGGCCAAUGGGCGGCGGCGUUGUUAGCGGACACGGCGGCGCAGUCCCGGAGCGAGCGAAGCCCAGACGGCUGCCGCUACUGCCGCAGGAGGCGUGAGGUGCGGCGGCGAGGGGGCUCGGCCGGGUAA